ACCCCUCUCGCCCGCCCACCGCCGCCGCCGGAUUGUUCGCGCAGUGCUCGGCUCCUCGCUUACCCGCUCUGCAUCAUGUCGGGCGGCCUCCUGAAGACGCUGCGCAGCGACUCCUACGUAGAGCUCAGUCAGUACCGGGACCAACACUUCCGGGGUGACAAUGAAGAACAAGAGAAACUACUGAAGAAAAGCUGCACAUUGUAUGUCGGAAAUCUUUCCUUUUAUACAACUGAAGAACAAAUUUACGAACUUUUCAGCAAAAGUGGUGACAUAAAGAAGAUUAUUAUGGGUCUGGAUAAAAUGAAGAAAACUGCAUGUGGAUUCUGUUUUGUGGAAUACUAUUCAAGAGCAGAUGCAGAAAACGCCAUGCGGUACAUAAAUGGAACACGUCUGGAUGACCGGGUCAUUCGCACAGACUGGGAUGCAGGCUUCAAGGAGGGCAGGCAGUACGGACGUGGGCGGUCUGGGGGCCAGGUUCGAGAUGAGUAUCGGGAGGACUAUGAUGCUGGAAGAGGUGGCUAUGGAAAACUGGCACCAAACCACACCUGGAGACCCUGGCUUGCCCCUUCUGUCUCUGUAAAUAACCCUGCUGCGAAGGAGGAUGAAGAGUUUCAAGGCCUGUCUGGUAACUGAGUGAAGUGAGAGACAUUGUCUCAAAUAGAAACAAAAGAGGUGUUAGAGGUAAGCUCAGUGACAGGACAUUUGCCUGUUAUUUGAGAGGCCUUGGCUUCAAUCCCUAGAAAAGAGCUAAAAACAGCUUGAAAAUUGGGAGAAUGCGUAACAAAAUCAGAUUUCCUCCAGGAAAUGCUUGUUUUUCUUCCCAAAUUGUGAUCUUAUGGUCUCUACAGAGAAGACUGAAGAAUUUACUUAGCAUUUUGUAAAACAAGAGAUGAUUUCUCACUACUCUAUGUGAGCAUAAUUUUCCCUGCUAUGAAAAAAAUGUGAAAUUAUCUAGCAACAAAGUACUAGUUUACAUAUGAUUUCUAAGCAUUAUAUCUAUAAACAUGAGUAGACAUUAA